CUUCGUUUUGACACCACGAAGCGAACCUGUCGAUGAGAAGCCACGGAGUACAGUCGUAGGAAAGCAAUCACAAACGGCUUCACAAGUCCAACAAGAACGCACAAUAGAAAGACCUCCCUCUGAAAAUAUCACCCAACAACCCAACAACAGAUCAAGAUGUUCUCAGCAGCGCUCCGAAGUGGCUUGAGGCGACUGCCAGCAACGACGAAAUUCGCUUUUUCCAAAGUUGUCGCUCCAUCCUUUUCCACGGCUCCUUCCACGAGACCCUUUCAGAUUCUCGGAGUCCAACAAAUUGCAUUGGGAUCGACCGACAAGACCGGUAUGGACAAACUGUGGGGAGACAUUUUUGGACUCAAGCCCGAGAGUAACUUCAAGAGCGAAAAGGAAAAUGUCGAUGAAGAUAUCUUGCGAUUGGGUGCUGCCAAGUCACCGUUUGCAGUCGAAGUGGAUUUAAUGAUCCCCAUUGAUCCAGAAAAGAGUCCCAAGGUCCAUGUUCCACCGUUGAAUCACUUUGGAUUGUGGGUGGACAAUCUGGAAGAAGCCGUGGAAUGGAUGCAAGCCAACGGGGUCCGCUUUGCUCCUGGUGGAAUCCGCAUGGGCGCCGCCGGCCACAAUGUGACCUUUAUUCAUCCCAAGGGAAACGAAAAGUCCCCCAUCUGUGGCAAUGGAGUAUUGAUUGAACUGGUGCAAGCACCACAGGAAGUCAUUGAUGCCUUUCACAGAGAGUCCUAACGAAGCAAAGCCUCCGUGUCCUGAAACAGAUGCAAGUACAGUAGAGUUAGACAAUGCAACGAAGAAAGGAAGCAAACAAAGAAAUUACAACCAUUGCAAAAUGACGGCUCCAAGAAUGCACUUUGCUAAACGGUAGAAGAAUAUUGAAUACACGUUCAUGGCGGUAAAUAAGUCAAGCUGCAUUCUCCAUGUGCGGCAGCUAGCUAGUAGACCAACAAUCUAGCCGCCAACACUUCCAGAGUCGCAUCGGGCUUGAGUGCACUCUUAUUGUUCGUUCCAGUUAGCUGCUUUCUACUAAACCAAAUCUAUAAUACAAGAUUUCGUUUCCCAAACACAAAGGGCGGCUCGUUUCCUCCCGCCUUUUCGCAUUGCUUGGCUUUUUGGAGACUUCCCUUGGGAGGUACAAUGACGAGAUUCUUGAGAUCUUCGUCGGCGCCUCCCGGUUUGACCAAUUCUAGUAAAACGGCAAACAGCUCGGUGACGAGAAUGGGUGGCAUUUCGGCUGCCUUAUUGCCCUUGAUUUGUUUUUGGUAUUCCUGUAUCAAUUCGGACUUGCGAAAGUAGAGUGGCGUUUGUUGUUGAUUGUUGUUGGUAACCGGAAUGGUAAAGUUUUCCAUGUAAAAGAGCGGGACCUUGCCUUCGGGUAGAUCCGACUUUCCGGUGAUCUGCAAGGCAUCUUCAAUAUCGUCAAAGGCAGGUGCUACUUGAAAGUAGUUUUUGGUGUAUUGUGAUUUGGUAACGACCGUGACGGCGACAUCCAAUGGGAUGGUGGAAAUGCGUGCCAAUGUCCAGGGAUUGGUAUCGUCUUCCAGUGGCUGUUUUUCUCGUUUGGCUUGUCGAAUGGCCUUAUCGGCACUGUUCCGUGCCAGAUCCAACAAUCGUUUGGCUUCUUCGUACGUGGUAAAGAAAUAUCCAGUCACCUUGGCAUCUUCUCCCACGACCAUGAACGGGACACCACUGGCAUCGACAAUGGAAAAGGUAGGCACGGCAUGCAACAUGUCGGCCACGGAAUUGGUCGACAGCAAUCCACUACUGGUACUACCGUCUUCUUUUUCUGUGUCAGCCCAGGCAGGUCUUGUCGUCGAUAAUACCGUGGACGAGGCAGCCGCCACACAUAAUUGGGCCACUUUUCCACUCCAAUCGCGUCGAGAUACCAGCCAUUGAUCAGCACUGUAAUCAGCACCAGCAGAAAUGUCUGGCACUUUGAGUGUCCAGCCUGAAGAUAACCUAGAAAGAUACCCCAGGACAAUAAACAGAGUCCAUUGCACAGCUGUAGACUUCAUCUUCCGUUUAUUUUCUGAUGGCUCUUGCUUUGCUUCUGCUCACGCAAAUCCAAAUUGUUUCAACUUUGCCCAUUUGCCAACAAAAAUGAGCGGGAGGUGGUGUCACCAAAACACGUCAUCGCGGU